AUGGUAAAAUUAGCUGAAUACAAUCGUACAGCGACGUUUGCUUGGUCUCAUGAUAAGAUUCCGUAUUUAGCUUCAGGUACCGCCUCAGGUACAAUGGAUGCAGACUUCUCUAAUGAUAGUAUCCUUGAAUUGUGGUCUUUAUUAUCAACUUCCUCUGAUAAACCUGUAUGUUCCAUUAAGACGGAUGCUAAAUUUAAUGAUUUAGAUUGGUCCUUUGAUAAUAAAUUUAUUGCAGGUGCUUUAGAUAAUGGUGCCAUUGAAUUGUUCUCAAUGAAUGACUCUAAAACUACCGUUUCUUCAGUAACAAAAUUAUUGAAACAUACUUCUCCAGUAAAUACUUUAAGAUUUAAUCCAAAACAAACUAAUUUAUUAUUAUCUGCAGGUAGUAACAAUAAUGAAUUAUACAUUUGGGAUGUUAAUCAAUGUUCUACUCCAUCAACUGCUUCUUCAUAUACUCCAACAUCUCCGGGGACUGCUAUGUCUUCCAUGGAUGAGAUUAAAUCGGUUGCAUGGAAUAGAAAUAAUACUAGAGUCUUCGCUACUGCUGGUGCGAACAAUCCUUAUGCUUCGAUUUGGGAUUUAAAAGUUCAAAAGGAAGUAUUACAUUUGAAUUAUACUUCGGAAACUACAGGUUCAAAACCAUUAUUAUCCGUUGUGGAAUGGCAUCCUGUAAGUUCUACUACUAUUGCUACAGCUUCAGGAAGUGAUACAGACCCUGUUAUCGUCACUUGGGAUUUAAGAAACGCCAAUCAACCAUUGAAAGUAAUGAAUACUGGAUUAGGCAAAGGAAUCUUGUCCUUGGAUUGGUGUGCUCAGGAUUCUGGUUUGAUGCUUUCAAGCGGUCGUGAUAAUACUGCACAAUUAUGGAACCCUGAAGAAGGUAAAUUGUUAUCGCAAUUCCCAACUAGAACUAAUUGGUGUUUUAAGACUAAAUUUGCACCUGCUGUUCCAGAUAUCUUUGCCUCGGCUUCAUUUGAUGCAAAGAUUCAAGUUCAAACUUUACAAAACUUGGAAAAUACUUUUGAUAAAGAAGAAACUCAACAAAAGAUCAAAGAAUCUGAAUCUGAAUUCUGGAACAACGUCUCAAAUGAAGAACCAAGUCAAAACCAGAAACCAACAGUGUUGGAAUUACAAACACCUAAAUGGUACGAGCAUCAAUCUCCUGCAGCUAACUGGGCAUUCGGGGGUAAACUUGUUCAAAUUUUACCUGACGGGAAAGGUGUCUCGAUUUCUAAACCAACCAUUCAAGGUUUGGAGCCUAAUGAGGUGUUGAAUGAUGCAUUGAAGACUAAGGAUUUCGUUCCUUUGAUUAAUGUAAGAUUGGUGAAGACUGUCAAUAAGACUAAUGAAGAAGAUUGGACUCUAUUGGAAAAAUUAUCAAUGGAUGGUAAAGAAGAAUUCUUAAAGGAUGCUUUUUCAUUCGAUGACAACAACGAAGUUGAAGCCUCUGGAGAGAAAAACAAUGAUGAAGAUGAAAAGUUUUUCAAUAAAUUGGAAACUGAUUUCACGCCAUCUGGUCAAUUCAAAUUGAAAGAAGGUAAAGAAUCUAACAUUUCCAAGGAUUUGAUUAAAGGUAAUUUAGAUAGCGCUAUCACCAAGUGUUUGGAUGACGACAUGCUACUAGAGGCUCUAGUGAUCGCUUUGGACUCUACAGAUGCUACAAUGAAAGAGAUUGUGAAAAAUACAUAUUUCACUAAAUAUGCAAACAAAUCUUCUUUGUCCAGAGUUAUGUACUCCACUCAAAGGAAAGAUAUCGAGGAUAUGAUCAACAAUUUGGAUAUCCAACAAUGGAGAUACACUGUCAAGGCUAUAUACAAUUACUUCAAGACUGAAGAAUCUAAGAGAAACGAACUAUUAGUUAAACUUGGUGAUAAAUUGGUCGAAAAGAAUAUGAGACAAGAUGCUCUGAUCAUUUUCUUUGCUGCUAACUCUCUAGAUAAAGUAUCCUCAAUUUGGUUGAAAGAAUUUAAAUCAAUGGAAGAUAGUUUGAAAGAACAAAACAAGACUGUUUACGAAGCUCAUUCUGAAUGUUUAACUGAAUUCAUUGAAAAAUUCACCGUUUUGUCAAGUUUCCUAGGUGGUAACUUGGAUAUUAACAGUGAAGAAUUAAUCUCUAAAUUCAUGGAAUUUGUUAACUUGACUUCUGCCAGUGGUAAUUUCGAUUUGGCUGCUGCUUUCCUAGAAAAUCUACCAGGUGAUAAUCAAGAAGUUAAUGCUGAAAAGCAACGUGUUCAAAUCGCAUCUGGUAAACAGACUAGAACCGUCACCAGUAGAACUCAGCAAUCCAAGGGUAGAACCACUGCGUAUACCAACCCACAAGUUACUAACCAAGUUCCUCAACAAGCUGCUAGAUAUGGUAUUCAACCACAACAACAACAACAACAACAACAGAUGCCUCAAACUACCCCUGUUCCACAACAGACUAAUUAUGGUGUCCAAUCACAAAUGCCAACAAAUGUUGCUUAUGGUCAAGCCACAAUGAAUCAAGCCAUUCCAACUGGUAGAUAUGCUCCGGUUACUCCAGCUACUGUUGCCGGCGGUAAUAAUCAAAUGGCUCAAGCACCACAGUCAUCUUUCCUACAACCACAAAAUCCUUAUGCACCAUCAGCAACAGCAACAGGUGCCCAUAAUCAAUACACUCCUCAACAGCCUGAACUUGCUCCACCACCUCAAACCAUGAAUGGUGUGAGAUCUGGUCAAACUCCACAUUUAAACAGAAAGGCUAAUGAUGGCUGGAACGAUUUACCAUUGAAGGUAGAAAAGGACAAGGCUCGUGCUAAGGCUGUCUCUAUAGCCCCACCACCUAUGAUGCAAGGCUCCCACAACUCAUCACCACAUACUACUAAUAAUGGUAUGCCACCUCCACCACUUUCAAGAGUAACAUCUUCUGCUUCUGUAGGUGCACCUCCAUCAAUGGGUAGAAACUCAAGAAAGCCAUCACAAGUUGCUCUAAGUAACACCGAUAGCUCAACUCCUCCUCCACCUUUGCCAAAGAUUCCAUCAAAUCCAUAUGCACCAAAGGUUACUGAGAAUGCCCCUCCUGUGAACAUUGCACCACCAAUGAUGGGUCAACCUCCUCAAAGUAACUUCCAACCAAAGGCUAAUCCAUAUGCCCCACCUGCAAACUCUGCACCUGCAUCAAAUAUAGGUGUAUAUGGUCCAUCUCAGACCUCUACUCCACACAUGGGUUUUGUGCAACCACCUCAAAGUAAUAUUAAUGCUGCUGGAGUUCCACCACAAAAUGCAUACAGCCCACAACAGAACCCAUAUGCACCACCACAAAAUGCUAAUCUUCAGCAGCAGCAGCAACCAAUGUCAUCGUUUGUUGCACCUCCUCCAAUGAAUAGAGGUAUGGAUUCUUCUGUUUCACACACACCAAUGCAACAACCAGUUGGUCCUCCUCCAAUGAAUCCAAGAAAGAAGAACCACGACAAUGGUACAGUUGAAAAUGCAAGUAACUUGUUGAACUCUAUUGCAAAUAGUGCACCAUCUAUUGCUGGUGCUCCAGCCGCUAAUGCUCCAGUUCCAUCUGCUCCUCCUAUUUCUCAAGCUGCCGCCCCUGUUGCAGCUUCUGAACCUGCAGUUAUGCCAGAAGAAUACAAAUCUAUCGUUGAAUUUCUGCAAGCAGAACUAAAACGUGUUACUCCAUUGAUACCACAAACCUAUACCAAGCAAUUGAAGGACUGUGACAAGAGAUUAAACAUUCUGUUUGGUCAUUUACAAAAGGGUGAUUUAUUAACUGCGCCAACUAUUGAAAAAUUGAAGGAGUUAAUUGAAUUCUUGAAGGUUAAAAACUAUGAGGAAGCCAAAAAGGUUCAUGUUGAUAUUGCCACUAAUCAUGCUCACGAAGGUGGUAACUGGUUAACAGGUGUAAAGAGAUUAAUCGGUAUUGCUGAAGCUACAUCUUCAUAA